ACUUUGCCCUACACAAUGAUAUCAACAUUAGCUACCUUUCCUCCGUUUCUACACAAGGAUAUUAUUGAAUAUCUUAGCACAUCUUUUCUACCCAUGGCUAUAUUGGGCUCAUCCAGGAGAGAAGGUGUUCCUGCACAUGUUAAUCUCUCGGCAUCUUCCAUGUUAAUGAUAGCAAUGCAGUACACAUCAAACCCAGUGUAUCAUUGCCAGUUAUUGGAAUGCCUCAUGAAAUAUAAGCAAGAAGUCUGGAAAGAUUUGCUAUAUGUAAUAGCAUAUGGACCUUCUCAAGUGAAACCUCCAGCUGUGCAGAUGCUCUUUCACUAUUGGCCCAAUUUAAAACCUCCAGGGGCCAUAAGUGAGUACAGGGGAUUGCAGUACACAGCCUGGAAUCCCAUCCACUGCCAGCAUAUUGAAUGCCAUAAUGCAAUUAACAAACCAGCGGUGAAGAUGUGUAUAGACCCCUCUCUGUCAGUGGCUUUAGGAGAUAAACCACCACCAUUAUACCUUUGUGAAGAAUGUAGCCAGCGGAUUGCAGGGGAUCAUAGCGAAUGGCUGAUUGAUGUUCUCCUCCCACAAGCUGAAAUAUCUGCUAUAUGUCAGAAAAAGAACUGCAGCUCUCAUGUGAGGAGGGCUGUUGUCACCUGCUUCUCAGCAGGGUGCUGUGGUCGCCAUGGAAAUAGGCCUGUCCGGUACUGCAAAAGGUGCCAUUCAAACCACCAUAGCAAUGAAGUUGGGUCGACAGGAGCCACAGCAGAGACCCACCUGUAUCAGACAUCACCUCCACCAAUCAACACAAGGGAAUGUGGGGCUGAGGAACUUGUAUGCACAGUGGAGGCUGUGAUUAGCUUGCUGAAGGAAGCUGAAUUUCAUGCUGAGCAGAGGGAAUAUGAACUAAACCGUCGAAGACAAAUGGGACUUUCCUCUUCCCACCACUCCUUGGAUAACACUGACUUUGAUAACAAAGAUGAUGAUAAACAUGACCAACGACUGCUCAGCCAAUUUGGAAUAUGGUUCUUAGUGAGUCUUUGUACCCCUAGUGAGAAUACACCUACUGAAAGCUUAGCCAGGCUGGUUAGCAUGGUCUUUCAGUGGUUCCACUCCACAGCUUACAUGAUGGAUGAUGAAGUCGGAAGCUUAGUGGAAAAGCUGAAACCUCAGUUUGUCACCAAGUGGUUGAAGACCGUGUGUGAUGUUCGCUUUGAUGUCAUGGUCAUGUGCCUGCUUCCAAAACCGAUGGAAUUUGCCAGGGUUGGUGGGUACUGGGACAAGUCCUGCAGCACAGUGACCCAGCUAAAGGAAGGUCUCAACCGUAUUCUUUGCCUGAUUCCCUACAAUGUGAUCAGUCAGCCUGUGUGGGAAUGCAUCAUGCCAGAGUGGCUAGAAGCCAUCAGAACAGAAGUCCCAGAUAACCAGCUAAAAGAAUUCAGGGAAGUAUUAAGCAAAAUGUUUGACAUUGAGCUUUGCCCUCUCCCUUUUUCAAUGGAAGAGAUGUUUGGAUUUAUCAGUUGCCGGUUCACAGGAUACCCCGCUUCUGUGCAGGAGCAAGCUCUACUAUGGCUUCAUGUAUUAUCAGAGUUAGACAUCAUGGUCCCACUUCAGCUACUAAUAAGCAUGUUUUCUGAUGGAGUUAAUUCCGUCAAAGAGCUGGCAAAUCAAAGAAAAUCAAGAGUCAGUGAGCUGGCAGGGAGUCUUGCAGCUCGAAGGGUGAGUGUUGCCUCUGAUCCUGGUCGCCGAGUUCAGCACCAUAUGUUAAGCCCAUUUCCUAGCCCUUUCCAGAGCCCUCUUCGUAGUCCCAUGCGCAGUCCAUUUCGGAGCCCUUUCAAGAACUUUGGACACCCAGGAGGAAGGACUAUUGAUUUUGAUUGUGAAGAUGAUGAAAUGAAUCUGAAUUGUUUCAUUCUCAUGUUUGAUCUCCUCCUGAAGCAGAUGGAGUUACAAGAUGAUGGAAUCACCAUGGGUUUAGAAAACAGUCUGUCUAAGGACAUCAUUUCUAUUAUAAAUAAUGUCUUCCAAGCCCCCUGGGGGGGUUCUCAUACUUGCCAGAAGGAUGAAAGAGCUAUUGAGUGCCACUUGUGCCAGUCAAGCAUCCUUUGCUAUCAGCUGGGGUGUGACCUCCUAGAACGACUGGCUCCCAAAGAAGAAAGCCGACUAGUGGAGCCCACAGACAACCUUGAGGACAGUCUUCUCUAUUCUCGGCCUGAGUUUAUAAUAGGCACUGAGGGAGAAGAGGAUGAGAACCCUGUUGCAAAGCAUGGAGAGAACCCAGGAAAUCACACUGAACUCCCUGAAAACACUGCAAUAAAGAAUGAUACUGAAAGAAAAUUUUGUUACCAGCAACUUCCAGUAACUCUAAGGCUAAUAUAUACCAUUUUCCAGGAAAUGGCAAAGUUUGAAGAGCCUGACAUUCUUUUCAACAUGCUCAACUGCCUGAAGAUUCUCUGUCUUCACGGAGAGUGUUUAUACAUUGCAAGGAAGGAUUAUCCACAGUUUUUAGCCUACAUUCAGGAUCAUAUGCUAAUUGCAAGCCUAUGGAGAGUCAUCAAGUCUGAAUUUUCCCAGCUCUCUUCACUAGCAGUUCCUCUCCUUCUUCAUGCUUUGUCACUUCCUCAUGGUGCUGAUAUCUUCUGGACAAUCAUAAAUGGCAACUUCAAUAGCAAAGACUGGAAAAUGAGGUUUGAAGCAGUGGAGAAAGUGGCAGUCCUGUGCCGGUUUCUGGACAUUCAUUCAGUGACUAAAAACCAUCUGCUGAAGUACUCUUUGGCGCAUGCCUUCUGCUGCUUUCUGACAGCUGUAGAGGAUGUCAACCCUGCGGUGGCUACAAGAGCAGGGCUCUUGCUUGAUACCAUAAAGAGGCCAGCUUUACAGGGCCUAUGUUUAUGCCUUGACUUCCAGUUUGAUACAGUUGUUAAGGAUAGACCUACAAUUCUUAGCAAGCUUUUACUCCUACAUUUUCUAAAGCAAGAUAUACCUGCAUUGAGCUGGGAGUUUUUUGUUAAUAGAUUUGAGACCCUUUCCCUGGAGGCUCAGCUGCAUUUGGAUUGCAACAAAGAGUUUCCUUUUCCAACAACGAUCACUGCUGUAAGGACCAAUGUUGCUAACCUCAGUGAUGCAGCAUUGUGGAAGAUCAAGAGGGCUCGUUUUGCAAGGAAUCGCCAGAAAAGUGUGCGUUCCCUGAGAGACAGCGUGAAAGGGCCUGUGGAAUCAAAGAGGGCACUAUCCCUUCCUGAAACUCUAACCUCCAAAAUUCGGCAACAGUCUCCUGAGAAUGAUAACACGAUAAAGGACCUGCUCCCUGAAGAUGCUGGGAUUGACCAUCAGACAGUGCACCAGCUGAUUACAGUUUUAAUGAAGUUUAUGGCUAAAGAUGAGAGUAGUGCGGAGUCAGACAUCAGUAGUGCUAAGGCCUUUAACACAGUCAAACGGCAUUUGUAUGUUUUACUUGGUUAUGACCAGCAAGAAGGAUGCUUUAUGAUAGCCCCUCAAAAAAUGCGCCUCUCGACUUGUUUCAAUGCAUUUAUUGCUGGAAUUGCACAAGUGAUGGAUUAUAACAUCAAUCUGGGAAAACAUCUUCUCCCUUUAGUGGUUCAAGUGCUUAAGUACUGCUCUUGUCCUCAACUGCGACAUUACUUUCAGCAGCCGCCGCGUUGCUCCCUGUGGUCUCUGAAGCCUCACAUUCGGCAGAUGUGGUUGAAGGCAUUACUCGUUAUUCUUUAUAAGUAUCCAUACCGAGAUUGUGAUAUCAGCAAGGUUAUGUUGCAUCUGAUCCAUAUAACAGUCAAUACACUCAACGCACAGUAUCAUAGCUGUAGACCUCAUGCUACUUCAGGACCUUUGUACAGUGACAACAGUAACAUCAGCAGAUAUAGUGAGAAAGAAAAAGAGGAAGAUAGUGUUUUUGAUGAAUCUGAUAUUCAUGAUACACCUACUGGACCCUGCAAUAAGGAGUCUCAAACUUUUUUUGCAAGAUUGAAAAGGAUAGGCGGCAGCAAAAUGGUGAAAUAUCAACCGGUUGAGAUGAAUGUGCAGAGAAGUGAAAUAGAACUGGCUGAAUAUAGAGAAACGGGUGCAUUUCAAGACAGCAUUCUACGCUGUGUGAGAGAAGAAAGCAUUCAGAAAAAAAAGCUGCGCUCUUUAAAACAAAAAUCUCUUGAUAUAGGGAAUGCAGACUCCUUGUUGUUUACCUUAGAUGAGCAUCGUAGGAAGUCCUGCAUAGACCGGUGCGAUAUAGAUAAGCCUUCUACCCAUGCUGCUUACAUCACACAUAGACAAAAUGAUUAUGGAAGACCCAGACAGAAUUCUUCUACCAGACUGGACAAUACAGAAAUCCCUGAGAACCCCAUUAUAGAGGGUUUUCAAGAAACCCGAAGACCAGUGAUACCAGAAGUCAGAUUAAACUGCAUGGAGACCUUUGAGGUGAAAGUUGAUUCUCCAGAAAAACCUUCCACUCCUAAAGAGGAUUUAGAUCUUAUUGAUUUGUCAUCAGAUUCCACAUCAGGGCAUGAAAAGUGCUCUAUCCUCUCCACUUCAGACAGUGACUCUCUUGUCUUUGAGCCCCUUCCUCCUCUUCGAAUAGUGGAAAGUGAUGAAGAGGAGGAAACAAUGGAACAAGGUACUGAGGGUAUCUCUAGUAAAAAUACUCUUUCCUUUCCUUCAAGUCCCACUGGGCCCUCUGUACUCACAACUCCUCUUGUGCAAGUUAGUGUAGAAGAUUGCUCUAAAGAUUUUGCUUCUAAAGACAGAAGAAAUAGUCAGUCAUCAGGGAAAAAGGAAACUUCUCCCCAGCUUUCUGAAGAGCCAAAAGAUGGUGAAGAGUUGUCAAAGCUAGAGACACUUCAAGAAUUUUCCUGUGGUAGCCCUCUCACUUUGAAACAGAAGAGAGACCUUCUGCAGAAAUCUUUUGCCCUUCCUGAGAUGUCAAUUGAUGAUAGCACUGAGCUUAGCAUGGAGGAAGAAAAGGAAGGUGGACAGAACUCAAGUUCAUGUGCCAAAACAGUUCUCCUUAAAGUUCCUGAAGAUGCUGAGAGUCAGUCUGAAAGCGAAAAGCCUGAUGCUAGUGCUGAGUCUGACACAGAGCAGAAUGCUGAACAAAAGGCAGGAGAGGAUGGAACUGAGGAGUCUGAAUUUAAGAUCCAGAUCGUGCCUCGGCAAAGGAAGCAGAGGAAGAUUGCAGUCAGUGCUAUCCAGAGAGAGUACUUGGACAUUUCUUUCAACAUUCUAGACAAACUGGGAGAGCAGAAAGAGUCAGAUCCUUCUGCUAAAGGACUUUCAACUUUGGAAAUGCCCAGGGAAUCUUCCUCUGCACCAACUUUAGAAGCAGGUGUGCCAGAAACAAGUAGCCAUUCUUCUAUAUCAACUCAGUAUAGGCAAAUGAAAAGGGGAUCAUUGGGAGCUCUGACAAUGAGCCAAUUAAUGAAGCGACAGCUGGAACAUCAGUCUAGCGCCCCUCACAACAUCAGCAACUGGGACACUGAACAGAUACAGCCUGGGAAGCGUCAGUGUAAUGUGCCAAUGUGCCUAAACCCUGAACUGGAGGGACCACCGCUAAGAAUGAGAGGUGCUACUAAAUCCAGUCUGUUGUCAGCGCCCAGCAUAGUCAGCAUGUUCGUACCUGCACCAGAAGAAUUCACUGAUGAACAGCCCACGAUGAUGACUGACAAAUGCCACGACUGUGGGGCCAUUCUUGAAGAAUAUGAUGAAGAAACACUAGGACUAGCCAUUGUAGUGCUCUCCACAUUCAUCCACCUAAGUCCAGAUCUUGCAGCUCCUUUGUUGCUGGAUAUCAUGCAGUCUGUGGGAAGAUUGGCAUCCAGCACCAGUUUUUCCAACCAAGCAGAAAGCAUGAUGAUCCCUGGUAAUGCUGCAGGGGUGGCGAAGCAGUUUCUCCGCUGUAUCUUCCAUCAACUAGCUCCCAAUGGGAUAUUCCCACAGCUGUUCCAGAGCAGUAUAAAAGAUGGGAGUUUUUUACGAACCUUAGCUACAUCUCUCAUGGACUUCAAUGAGCUUAGUUCCAUUGCUGCACUCAGUCAGCUGUUGGAGGGUUUGAAUAACAAAAAGAAUUUGCCAGCAGGGGGUGCCAUGUUACGCUGCUUAGAAAACAUUGCCACCUUCAUGGAAGCUUUGCCAAUGGAUUCUCCGAGCAACCUCUGGACUACCAUCAGUAACCAGUUUCAGACUUUCUUUACCAAAUUGCCUUGUGUUUUACCUCUGAAGUGUUCUUUAGAUUCCAGUUUGAGAAUAAUGAUCUGCCUCCUGAAGAUACCUACCACCAGUGCUACAAGGAGUCUGCUGGAACCAUUUUCAAAACUACUCAGCUUUGUCAUUCAAAAUGCUGUGUUCACAUUGGCCUACCUGGUGGAAUUGUGUGGCUUGUGUUACAGAGCUUUUACUAAGGAACGGGAUAAAUUCUACUUGUCUCGUAGUGUUGUCUUAGAGCUACUCCAAGCUCUGAAGUUAAAGUCUCCUUUGCCAGAUACAAACCUACUACUGCUGGUCCAGUUUGUUUGUGCAGAUGCUGGAACCAAACUAGCUGAGUCAACAAUCCUGCACAAGCAGAUGAUCGCAUCCAUGCCUGGAUGUGGAACAGCAGCUAUGGAAUGCAUGAGACAAUACGUAAAUGAAGUACUGGACUUUAUUGCUGACAUGCAUACAUUAACCAAACUUAAGAGCCACAUGAAGACGUGUUCUCAGCCUUUGCAUGAAGAUACCUUUGGUGGACAUCUCAAAGUUGGGUUGGCUCAAAUUGCAGCCAUGGAAAUCACGAGAGGCAACCACAGGGAUAAUAAAGCCGUUAUUCGCUACCUCCCCUGGCUCUACCAUCCUCCCUCUGCAAUGCAACAAGGACCUAAAGAAUUUAUUGAGUGUGUUUCUCAUAUCCGCCUGCUGUCCUGGCUACUUCUGGGUUCACUCACACAUAACUCUGUGUGUCUAAAUCCCUCAUCUCCCUGUAUGCCAAUUCCUCUGGAUGCAGGGUCCCACAUAGCAGAUCAUCUUAUCGUUAUCCUGAUUGGAUUUCCUGAGCAAUCAAAAACAUCUGUGUUGCACAUGUGUUCCCUCUUCCAUGCAUUUAUCUUCGCUCAACUAUGGACGGUCUACUGUGAACAAACUGCUGUUGCUCCCUCUGUCCAAAAUCAGAAUGAAUUUAGCUUUACAGCCAUUCUUACUGCACUGGAAUUCUGGAGUCGGGUGACACCUAGCAUUCUACAGCUAAUGGCACAUAACAAAGUGAUGGUAGAAAUGGUGUGUCUCCAUGUGAUCAGUUUGAUGGAAGCACUGCAAGAAUGCAAUUCAACCAUUUUUGUCAAGCUCAUACCUAUGUGGCUGCCAAUGAUUCAAUCAAAUUUGAAGCAUUUAUCGGCUGGACUACAACUACGACUUCAAGCAAUUCAGAACAAUGUGAACCACCACAGCCUGAGGAUGCUGCAGGGCUCUGGACAGACAAGCACGAGCUCAUCCGCACUCCGGAAGUGGCUCCAGUGCACGCAGUUCAAAAUGGCCCAGGUGGAGAUCCAGUCCUCUGAAGCUGCCUCCCAGUUCUACCCUCUAUGAACAGGGUGUGUCGCUUCUAGCGUGAACGCUCUGGUUCAGCAAUAACGGGGUUCCAGACAAAUACUAGGAUCCACGCAGGUUUGAGAAGGCAUUGGGAACAGUGUUCCCCCUCCGUAGUUUAGGUACAGACAUGCGGAGCCUGCCAAUGGCCGUGUCGAAGCCUUCCUGCUUCACCUGUUUCUGACGUCUCCUUGGGCUAGCCGAUUAA